GGUUGGGUAGCGUGAGAGUUGAAAACGUUGAAAGGACCAAAAAGAGGAAGGCAGAGGAUAGAACCGCUAAGGCACUGCGUUCUAACGGACAUAACCUAAAGCUAAUGAACUGACCAAUCAACAAAAACAUCAACAACCGAAACUUUCGGAUAUUUCUGAAUAAAUGAUGGAGUAUAACACAUAACGGAGUUGGAUGAACAUCAGGUUAUAAAGAAUAGGAUCAAUUUUGAACCACCAUCCAAGCACCAGGCAGCUGUGGAAUCUCGGUGAUGCUGUUAGUUCAAAGGAGAGAAGCCGCAGUCCGCCGCGCAGUCUCCAGUGUUGUGGCGCCCUCUGCUGUGUGACAGGGGAAGGCCGGGCAGGAUGGCGUUUCAGCUGGAGGAGGGGAUGAACUCCGUCAUCGUCCACCACUACAACCACUCGGGCAAGCUGGAUCGCCCGCGCAGCAGCGGCGCCUGCAAGACCGUGUUCCUCCUGCUCAUCUGCGUGCUGAUCGUCCUGGAGAACGUCAUGGUGCUUCUGGCGCUGUGGAGGAACAAGCGCUUCCACAGCCGCAUGUACUUCCUCAUCGGGAACCUGGCCCUGUCGGACAUGCUGGCGGGCGUGGCGUACGUGGUCAACAUCUUCACGUCGGGCAGCCGGACGUUCUACCUGAGCCCCUUCCAGUGGCUGGCCCGCGAGGGCAGCAUGUUCGUGGCCCUGAGCGCCUCCACCUUCAGCCUGUUGGCCAUCGGCAUCGAGCGGCACAUGACCAUGGUGCGUCUGAGGCCGUGCGAGGCGGCGGGCCGGGGCCGCCUCCUGGCCCUGCUGGGCUGCUGCUGGGCCGUGUCCUUCCUGCUCAGCGCCCUGCCCAGCCUGGGCUGGAACUGCCUGGGCCGCCUGGCCUCCUGCUCCACCGUGCUGCCCCUGUACGACAAGAGCUACGUGGCCUUCUGCAUCAGCGUGUUCAGCGCCCUGCUGGUGGCCAUCGUCAUCCUCUACAUCCGGAUCUACCGCCUGGUGACGUCGAGCGGGCGGCGGGUCAGCAGCCGGCCGUCGGAGCGCUCGCUGGCCCUGCUGCGGACGGUGGUGAUCGUGCUGGGCGUGUUCGUCCUGUGCUGGGCGCCGCUCUUCCUGCUGCUGCUGCUGGACGUGGGCUGCAGCCCCGAGCGCUGCCCCGUGCUCUACCAGGUGGACUGGUUCAUCGCCCUGGCCGUGCUCAACUCGGCCCUCAACCCGCUCAUCUACACCCUGUCCAGCAGGGAGAUGAGGGCGGCCUUCUUCCGGCUGCUGUGCUGCUGCCAGGGCCAGCUGGAGGCCACGGCCCCGGCGCCGGGGAGCCCCCACCUGGGGACACUGGCUCCCACCGUGGAGAACAGCCAGACCAGCAUGGGGGGCAGCGGCCAGGCCGGAGGGCCCAGGCCCGCCCUGACCCGGGGGAAAGCGGCCCCGCCUGUCAUCUCCAACCACGGGCACGGCGACCCGUCGCCCGCCGGCACGCCACACCCCUCGGGGCCCGCCGACCUUCUCUCGGCCGUGCUGGUGAAGGCAGGGGCACUGCCCUCCCUCAGCAAGCUCUGAUUGGUCAGGUUAGGGUUAGCAAGCUCUUAUUGGUCAGGUGGCCCGUUUGGCCGGUGCUGGUCAUGUGAGGUGAGAGGGUGAGACUGUGGAGCGUGAGGGGGACUCAGAGCACAGCGGCUCGCCCACAAGCACUGGUGGGAGAACGUCAGGUGUCUCUCACGGCUCCUGUAGCACGGAGGGAGAGGGUCCAAACAGGAGAACAUAUGACUAUCUUGGACUCUAACCAUAUAAAGCCACUAUUUUUUACAGUCUGCUUCAAAAGCACCACUGAACUGGUGUUUUCUGCCCGUGUAAACACAUGAAUCUUUUCGCGAUGGAACGGAAUGCUUUUGGGGGGUCAUCCAAUCAGGAUGCAGGAGCGAGCUGUUGAUUGACAUUCCACGGUGUUCCACUGACUGGCUUGUGAGGACAAAUGAGGUCACUGUUUACUGCACCUGCAGUGCACGAUGAACUUAUCAGUACACCUGCCUUUACUUUUAUUAUAAUAAUUAUAGGAUACAAUAUUUAUUUUCCAAGAAGUUCCAGGCCUUCUCAGUAUUAUGAAAUGUGUGAUAAUUCUUUGUGUGUAUUAAAUGCUUUCACGGUACAGUGGCUUUAGUAUUAAUAUUGUUAAGAUUUGUAAAAAUGAACCGUCAGGCAGUAUUAGUUCUGCUUCCCAAAAACAAAGACACAUGCCACUUACACUUACACUAACCACUAGUGAAUAAAAGUUGUAUUUAAAAGGAUGAAAGUUUUACUAGUUAGCAAAUGUACUGUGAUUACAUUUCAGCCUAAACUUUUCUGGUUUCGAAUACCUUUACAAAUGAAUAAAAUACAAUUCCUCCUUUUUCUAAGA